ACUUUUCCUCUGCUUCUCCUUAUUGAUUAUUGUUGAUCUUUGUUUAUCUUUUUGUUUUGUUUUGUUUAUUUUUGUUUAAAUUUAUCUUCUUAUUUUAAUUACAAUUUGAUUGUAAAUCAUAUUUUAUUUUACUUCAAUUAAACGAUCAAAAUGGUUGACACAACUGUAAUCAUAUUUGGAGCUUCGGGUGAUCUGGCCAAGAAAAAGAUCUACCCCACUUUAUGGAACUUAUUCAAAAGGAAUAACAUCAAUUCCAGUGUUCGUGUUAUUGGUUAUGCUCGUUCAUCUAUUCAAGUUGAACAAAUUAAGGAACAAGUUGCCAAACAUGUAAAAAUUGAUUCGGGAGAAACAUCACUUUGGGACGCAUUUUGGAGCCUCAAUAGUUACCUGAGUGGUACUUAUGAUAAAGAAAGCGAUUUUCAAAGAUUACACUUAUUUUCCAAUGAAAUUGAAACUUGUCGUGGAAAUGCUGCCAAUAGAUUGUUUUAUCUUGCUUUACCCCAAAGUGUUUUCAUGCCGGUAGCCCAGAAUAUCCGUCAUCAUGUUAUGACUCAAACUGGUUGGAAUAGAGUUGUCAUCGAGAAACCAUUUGGUCAUGAUUAUGAUUCAUCGGAAGAACUAUCCAAACAUUUAGCUUCACUAUUCGAUGAAUCUCAAAUUUAUCGAAUCGAUCAUUACCUUGGUAAAGAGAUGGUUCAAAAUGUGAUUACCCUUAGGUUUGCGAAUAAAAUUUUCGCCUCCACAUGGGACAGAGAUAAUAUUUCCUCCGUUACGAUUACAUUUAAAGAACCUUUCGGUACCUAUGGUCGUGGAGGUUAUUUCGAUCAAAGUGGUAUUAUUCGUGAUAUCAUGCAAAACCAUCUUCUCCAAGUUCUCUGUCUGGUUGCCAUGGAGAGACCAGUUUCAAAUGACCCUGAAGAUAUAAGGAACGAGAAAGUCAAAGUGCUACGAAGUAUGCAACCAAUUAAAUUGGAAGACGUUGUUCUGGGUCAAUACAUCGGAGAUGAAUGUGCCGAAGAGGGUUCAGAGGCAAGGCAGGGUUAUCGAGAUGAUCCAACCGUCGCAAAAGAUUCAAUAACACCAACCUUUGCAAUGGCAGCGGCUUUCAUUCAAAAUGAACGUUGGGAUGGUGUUCCCUUCUUCCUGCGAAGUGGUAAAGCUUUAAAUGAAAGAAAAGCGGAAAUCCGUAUUCAGUAUAAGGAUAUUUCCGGUGACAUUUUCCAAGGACAGUGUAAACGUAAUGAACUUGUCAUCCGAGUGCAACCCGGUGAAGCUGUUUAUCUUAAAUUAAUGACCAAAACACCAGGAUUAUCAAUGGAUAAUAUGGAAGAGACUGAACUGGAUUUAAGUUAUAGACAUCGUUAUAAAGAUGCAUUAGUACCCGAUGCAUAUGAAAGAUUAUUAUUGGACGUUUUCGUCGGAUCUCAGAUGCACUUUGUUCGUAGUGAUGAACUUUCAGAAGCAUGGAGAAUCUUCACCCCCCUGUUACACCAAAUCGAGGGACAAAGAGUAGUACCACUGCCUUACACUUACGGCUCACGAGGACCAAAACAAGCCGAUAUCUUGCAAUCUUCUUAUGGAUUCAAAUUUUAUGGGACAUACAAAUGGGUUAGCCCAAUGGGUUAAUUUCAUCCUAAUCCACUAACAUGGUUGAUCCUGUUUUCUUUCAUUCAUUUGUCUUCAAUUCUCUUUCUAUUAUUUUCUCUCUCUCUUUCUUUCUGUAACUUUUCCUGAGUUCUGUCACUCUCUAUCUCUAUCUCUCUCUCUCAUCUUCCCCCUGUAAUCUCAUGGUGCCCAUUAAAUCAAAGGAAACAAAGGAGCAGCAAGUUGAAAAAAGGAAAUCAUCAUAAUCAAAAUCAUAUUGAUAAUUUUGCUUUUUUAUAUUAUAAAUAUUGAAAGACUUUACUAGAAACACAAUCAAAAGGUUUACAAUUAACUAUUUUUGUACAAAAACAAUCACCUUUUUUUGUUAAAUUAGUGGCAUCAUCAUAAUUAGAUUGUUGGUUAUUUGAAACAAUUUAUCAAAGCAUCAAAGUGAUAAACGUUAAAUGCUCCUCUA